AUGCUGAAAACUGAGCCAAUCCCAUGUCUCCGUUGCGGCAACAUCGGAUCACCAUCAGGCAGUCUACCAUUUUCAUUGCAUAAGGUCUCCUCCAUCAAUCGCUCUUUCGCCGGAACAAAUCCAGGAAGCCGUGGGGAUUCAUCGCUGGAGCUUGAAGCAAUAGCCGCUGUUCAUGAGCUGUCAUUUGCUGUCCAAUCAAUCAGUGUCUCCGAAAUGCUUCCUCGUACACCCGACCUCAUUUUUGUCAACCUUACAACCAUUGAAGGUUGGAGGCCUACACAGUAUACCUAGCG